GUUGUAUUAUUUGGAAAAAGAAAAAGAUGAGCUGGUGCCAGAAAAAGAAAGGGCAUUCGAAAUAGAAGCAGAAAGAGAGAAAAGCCUUUUGAAUUCUAGAAUAAAACAGCUAGAAAAAGAAUUAGCAUUAAAAGAAGCAAGUGAAGAAGAAAUUAAACUGAAGUUACUAGAAACAUUAAAGGCAAUGCAAAAGCUUGAAGAAAAUUUUGAAAUUUUAAAUGAGAGACUGAAGGAAGAGCUUGGGAAAAACAAAAAAACUGUAAAAAACAGACUUUAUUUUGCCAAGGACUUAAAAGAAAAAGAUGAUGUGAUAAAAGAAUUGGAAGAAAAUAUGUACAUUCUGAAGAAAAAAAUGGAAGAAAUGGAAACAGAAAUAGAUUCUUAUAAACUGAAAAUAUCAACACACCAAACAAAAAUUAGAGCUCUGCAAGAAUCACAUGACAGCACUCAGGGGUAUUUUAGGCAACAUCUUAAAAACUACACCGCAUUGAAUGCUGAAAAAGAAAAACUGGAUUUAUUACUCAAAAAAAAAGAUGAAGACAUGAGAACUCUAAAUGGAAAGUUAGUGAAUAUCAUAAAUGAAAAAGAAGCAUCCUUGCAGAAGCUACUCUUUGUUGAGAAUCAGAGACAAGCUUUGGAUUUAAAGUGUAAUUCUCUAAAAGCUCAGUCAUCUAAAUUAGAGAAAGAGAUAUUGAAAUUAAGAAAAGAACAGUCUCUUCAUCAAUCAGAAGUUUCCAACUUAGUGCGAGAAAAAGAGCUAUUGGCUAAAAAUGUUAUGAAGAUGGAAGAGUUAACUGAGAAGUAUAAAAAUGAGUUCAAAAUCAAUGAAAAUGAGAGAGUGACUCUACACAAAGAAGUGAAAAAUUUACAGAUGCAAGUUGAAAAGCAGAAUAAAGUUAUUAGUGUCUUGGAGUCGAUGAAAUCUCAGUUGCUUAAGGACAUAGGAGACUUAACCAAGAAGAUUGAGAAAAUGAAUGAUGAUAUUUGUAAAUAUGAAGACCAAGAAAAAGAUAUGAAAAUAAAGAUUGCUGUUUUAAAUAACAAACUUUCACAGCAAUUGGAUGUAGCAGAUGCUGCAAUAUUGGACAGAAAAAUUUAUUGCCAGCAAUACAAAGAAGCAAAAGAAAAUCAAGAUCUCUUGAAAGAAAAGAGUGAUAUAUUAACUAAUUAUGUGGAUGAAUUAAAGGAAUCAUUAGACCAACGCAAUGAUGAAGUAAAUGAUUGGAAGAACAGGUGGAAAAGUUUAGAUUUAUCUCAGAAGAAAUUGCUGACAAAAUUAACCAAAGAAGGGCAGAAGUAUGCUUCACUCAAAGGUGAAAAUCAUUGCAUGGAGCAGAAAGCUCAUUUUUACUUGCAGUCGAUUGCUGCACAAGAAAAGGAUAUAGAAACUUUGACUGCAAAAAUGAAUGAAGAUUUGAUGAUGCUGAGAUCACAGUUACAGCUUCAGCAGCGGACUAAUAAGGAGCUAGAAGAUAAAUUAAGGCAAUUUGAAGUUCUGCUCAAGAAUGAAAAAGAACAAUACGCUACUUUGGAAAAUGGAACAAAAGUGUUGCAUCUGGAAAUGCUGAGGCUGACCAGUGAAAAAAAUGCCUUAAUCUGUAAAGUGAAUGAUUUGGAAAAAUUGAAACAGAGUUUUACGUAUGCGAAACAAGAACUGCAUAAGGAAAGAUUUAAAAAUUCUGCUUUAGAAGAAGCAAUGCAUCAACCUAGGAAUAUUCAUCGAUGGAGGAUGCUUAAAGGCACAGAUCCAGAAAAGUACAAAUUGAUAGAAAAUUACCAAGCAGUUCAAAAACAGCUUCUUAAAAAAGCUAUUGAAGGCCAGAAAAAGGAUGAGAAAUUAUCAAGCAUGACCAGAAUCGUUGAUCAGCUAAAAAAUAUAACAUCUCGUCAUAAAUACUUUGAAACCAAAUGCAUGCAGCAGAUAAAUCAGAAAGAGUUAUUAAGAGAAAAGGACGAUAAAAUCAAGGCUUUGACAUUUGAUGUAAAUAUGUAUGAAUCAUACAUAUCCAAAUAUCAAUCAGAAAUUGCGUCAUUGAAAGAAGAACUGAAGAAACUAAAAAUGAAUAAUUUUUUUAAGCAGAAGAAGAUAUCACCAAGCAGGUGA